UUUCCCAGCCUCUCCUAAUGAGGCAUAAACUGGAGCUGCAACCCAGCUCCGCACUGCAACUUUCACUCGGGCUGCAGCUCUACUGAGACGGUUUUGUUUAAAUCAUGUGAGGCUUCAUUAUUUUUAUGAUGAGACAUGAAAUAGAUGCAGGCGGAAGAUGUUGAUGGAAGGAGGGAGAGCGCGGCUGCGGCGCGGAACGUCUUAAGUAUACAAAUGCUCUCAGUUCAGCCAGACACCAAGCCGAAAGGUUGUGCUGGCUGCAACCGAAAGAUUAAGGACCGGUAUCUUCUAAAGGCACUGGACAAAUACUGGCAUGAGGACUGCCUGAAGUGUGCCUGCUGCGACUGUCGAUUGGGAGAGGUGGGCUCCACCCUGUACACUAAAGCUAAUCUUAUCCUUUGUCGCAGAGACUACCUGAGGCUUUUUGGUGUAACAGGAAACUGUGCUGCCUGUAGCAAGCUCAUUCCUGCCUUUGAGAUGGUGAUGCGUGCUAAGGACAACGUCUACCACCUGGACUGCUUUGCCUGUCAGCUCUGUAACCAGAGAUUUUGUGUUGGAGACAAAUUUUUCCUAAAGAAUAACAUGAUCCUUUGCCAGACGGACUACGAGGAAGGUUUAAUGAAAGAAGGUUAUGCACCCCAGGUUCGCUGAUCUAUCAACAUCACCCCAUUAUGAAUACAAAGCACUACAUUCUUUUAUCUUUUUUGCUCCACAUGUAUAUAAGAAUUGACACAGGAGCCAACUGAAUAGCGUAGAUAUAGGGAAGCAGGAUGGUUAUAUGGAAUAAAAGGCGGACUGCAUCUGUAUGUAGUAAAAUUGCCCCAGUUCAGAGUUGAAUGUUUAUUAUUAAAGAAAAAAAGUAAUGUACAUAUUGCUGGAUUUUUUUGCUUGCUAUUCGUUUUUGUGUCACUUGGCAUGAGAUGUUUAUUUUGGACUAUUGUAUAUAAUGUAUUGUAAUAUUUGAAGCACAAAUGUAAUACAGUUUUAUUGUGUUACCAUUUGUGUUCUGUUUGCUUCUUUGUAUUGUUGCAUUUAGUACAAUCAGUGUUUAAACUUCUGUAUAUUUAUGCUUUCUGUAUCUACCAGCUAUUUUAAAUGAGCUGUAACUUUCUAGUAAAGAAUUGAAGAGAAAAAUCUCACUAAUGAUACACAGAUAGAUAAAGCAAGUCUAUCAACAUUAAAAGUACUAAAAAAUAAAGACACACACAAAGCAUUUUAGUGACAUCUACUACUUAUUGCCACUAUGAUUUAGAGUCUAUCAGUGUUCUCAUUAUAACCCCCUAUUUUCAGGGGGUUAAAGAUCAGCUUUAAAAAAUGCAUAAAAUUCAUCCUAAAGCACUUUGAUUUUAUACCAACGUGAAAAGUGCCAUUUUUGAAAUACCUUUAAAGCUUAACGAUUAUCCUUUCAGUAUCCUUUUUUGUGCUCACCGACACAAUAGCUUUAUCUUAUUUUUCCAGCCACACCCCCUAUGUGAACUAGUG